CAAUUUUAUCAAAUUUGACGAUCCGGGACGAUUUUGGUUUCCGUCUUGCGUUAUCUCAUUCGAUUUCUGUCGAAUUGCCGAUAAAUCUGGGUCGUUUGACAUUUGGCGCGCGAAAUGCGCGAGCGCGCAUGCGCGCGCGAUGUAGCGCGAAGGUUGUACGUACGGUUCGCGGUUUGUGUGUGUGUGUCGUUCGCGCUAGAAAUCGAGGAAUAUCUCGCGUGAUCGCGGGUGUUGCAGCGAAAAUUGAAUCGGAUCGACUUGUUCCUGUCCCCCGGAUGUCGCGCAUGCUGUCACAUAGAGCCGCGUCUUGAUGCGGAUCGAAUCGUCCACCAGGAUGGAGAAGAGGUUGUCAGAAACGCCGCGUCAAGGACUGCCGAGUCCCUCGAGAAAGAAUAAAAGACGAUCCAACCGCAUCAGGAGCAAUCCGCUGGAUACAGUACUGGACACCUGGGCGAACGGUCCUCAGAACAAGCAGGAUGGUAAUCGCCUGUUGUCGAAUGUCGAGUAUCCGACACAGAUGCUGUGGCAGUCGGGCGUACCGCAAAACUUGCCGGGUAAUGGACAACGUCUGUUCACCGCGAUGUCCGACCCGAGCGUGUGCGGCUACUCGCCGUUGCCGCUGACAUACACUAUGCAGCCCGUCUCACUGCCACCGAUGUACAGGAUGUACCAGCCAAUGCCAAUGCCGAACGUUAGAACCGUCCACGGCAGACGCAGACGUCACUGUAACGAGCAUAUGACGAACGUUUGUCCUAAUGCCAACAAUAAUGUCGUUAAUGGCUAUGGUAGUCUGCAAGAGAAUGGAAGAUUAGAGUUCACUGCGCAUAUUGCUCAUCAAAAUGGAGACUACGCCAGUCUACCAUCCACCGCCAAUAAAGAUAGUGGCAUCAAUAGCGAUGAACUAAAUUCAGAGCAAAGAAGAUACUCCGAUCCUGGAUUGGGACCUGCCGAGAAUUUGCCUCCUACAGACAAUUCUGAUGAUUCCGACAGUAUCGAGAGUGGGAGUUCUGUAACAACAAUUAGCCGUAGUAAUAAGCUUGUCCUAUCGCUCAUUGAACAGAUGACAGAACUAAAGAAAUGUAACAGUCAAUUGUUCAAAGAGCUCAGUGAGACUAAGUCAAAUGUAGAAAACAUAAAAGCAAAAUUAGCACAAUGCAAAUACAGUACUCCUACAGAUUAUCAACCUGGAAUGUUAUCAGGACUUAUAGGUGAAAUCAGAGAAGCUAAUAAAAAUUGUGAAGAAAACUUAGUUACAAAGGUUAAGACUAUGUUGGAAGAGAGAUAUCAUCAACAAGCGAAAGAAGUGGGAGAGCUUAAGAACCAAUUGUCGAAAUUGACAAAGGAGAAGGAAGAAAGUGACGAGCGUGUCGCGAAACUGGAGGAGGAACUGAUGGCGCUGAAGCUGAACGCAACCAACGAGGGCCGCGAGAUCGCAGCCUUCGAGGAGGAGACCCUGGCGCUGCGACGGGAGCUCCAGGAGGCGCGAGCGUCCAGGACCUUGGCCGAGGCGCGGGCGUCCAGGACCUUGGCCGAGAACCAUGCGGCAAAGUGCGUAAACUUUGCGGUAUCCAGAUCUGUCACACGAUCUGUAACUUUUGAUACGCCCUGUAUAACCAGCACCCCCGUGCGUACCGCUCUUACCGACACUUGCUCCUUAUCCCCCGUUCUCCCAUCCGCAAUCUCGUCGUCGUCCUCCGUCCUGCGUUCCCGUUCUGCGGAGGUGGCGGCUCUUUUGCUCGUCUCCGAAGAUGCGAAUCAUCGUCGAAACUCUGAGCCCGGACCAGUGUCUCGUGAUCAGGAUUUUUCACGGCCGACGGAGGACGAAAGCGAUCGGUGUUCCGAGACGAUCUCCACGCCCUGCCAAACCGCCCUGACUUGCUCGAAUGAAGAUACCGUGAACGCGAUUGGAAUCGAAUCUCGGGACAAGAUCGGAAACCAGAGCUCAGGACUUGCCAAUACCGUGACUCGUUCAGAUAUUUCGUCUGCAUCGAAAUUGAGGGAUUAUCCGAUGUUUUCCAAUCGAAAGGAAGCGCAUAUUGUUGACGCCGCAAAAAGCGACAGUAAAGCAAAAUUAACAGUGACUGAGGAGGAAAUGGAAACAAGACACUUGACGGCUGACAGUUUAUUGUCAGAGGAACAAACUGGCGAUCAACUUCGAGGGAAAUACGCGAACACGGAGAUGACAUCGGUAAUAGAAAAGGAUGAAGCAAGAAUCCUCGUAUCACCGAGCGAAGAGGAGAAGAAUUUGCCAAGCGACACGACGAGCAAAGUAGAGAGCUCGAUUAAUCACCCGAGUUGGCAAAAAAUGUGCACGUUUCGCAAUCAGCGAGGCAGCUUUAAGAAAUCGCGACGGAGGAACGGCAACUUGAAGAGAUCAUUUAGCGAGACCGACAAGAACCCGUGCCAGGACACCAAGGUCGACAUGAGUCGCCCGUGCUCCUCGAGCGAUACGAUCGGGGCCAGUCGCGACACGAUGAGCGAGGACGAAGGUUGUUGCUCUCGCAAUGACGAUCGCACGAGCAUCAUCGAGGUGCCGGACGUCGCUGUGGUCAGUGGUGGCUCCAUUAUGCCGAAAAACCUCUGCUCGACGAGAACCCCGAUCUCCAGAAUCCAAAGAGCACCUUCACGCGCCACCUACACCACCGCCUAUAUCUAAGUUAUGUACGCGCGGGGCCUCGGCAACAAAAAAAAAUAAAGAGCAAUAUCACGCUAUUCUCUCGCGUCGGCGAUAUCGGGGGCUUCAAGGGGCUUUUUACUAGAGGCUACUACUAUGUACAUGUCGAAUAGCACGUAGGUCUAUUAUUCACUCAUCAUGCAUGCUUUUUCAUACACGCUCGAUUUAUUAAUUUAUGCUACAUGCUUCAGGGGAGUUACGUAUUACCAAUAUUUGAAAAAGAUAUACAUAUAUAUAUAUAUAUAUAUACAUAUAUAUAUACA